AUGCCCAGCGAACGUUUGCGAACCAAACGUGAGCGUCUGUGCUCUUGGUGCUCAAAGACUUUUUCAAAGGAUGAACACCUGGCACGCCAUGUGAGAACACAUACCAGGGAAAAGCCCUUUAUCUGCCCGAUUUGCAGAAAGCCGUUUAGUCGUCAGUAUGUUCUAUCUCUUGUGUCCACAGAAGGAGGUCAGAAAAACACUGAACAUUGUCUCAGUGAUUCGCUUUUGCGACAUAUGAGGUGUCAUCCCUCCAGCGUUCUGCAAGAGGGAGUAGAGGCAAGAGCAGCCAUGGACAAUACGAAUGAUGCACCGCAGAAAUCCCACAACCAUCAAGUGUCUUCAUAUGGACAGUCACCCGAUUAUAGGGAGCUUCCGACACCCCCGCAUCAGUCAUCUGCAGUUGGAUCUGAAUACCCAGGCGGAAUCAAUACUCGGUCGACAUCCUAUUCAUUUGCCAACCAAGCCACAGCCACGUCCGAUUUUCAAGAGGUCGCCCCAAAGAACAAAGAAAAAAAUACGCCGGGAUUUCCAACACCCGGAUCUCAAUCCCGACUGACAACCCUCGAUUCAUCUUUCGCCGAUCUCACCCAGCAUGGUUCUUGGAUGUUUGAAGACUCUAAUAUCCAAAUACCAGCCUGGUUUGCAGACGAUGACUUUGAUUUGAGUGCUUUGAAUUCAGAGAUUAUAAUGUCAACCACAAAGUGGCUUCCAGGGCAUCUAUCGAAUUCUCAGAAUGAACCAACGGUCCCAAUUAUCCAGCCUCAAGAGGAAGACAACACUCCACCACGCGAAGAGCUUAUACGUACUCAUUGGCAUACCUAUAUGGGUCCCACGUGGCUAGGUCUAUCCAGAACCGGCCAUAUCACCCCUGAAAUGAUACCCGAACAAACCCAAGUGGACGAAGCCUAUCGAGCUAGCUUGGCUGUUAAGCUUCAACCAGACAUACCGUUUUUACCUCUUCCAUCGACAGAUUUCUUGAAUUUAUGUAUUCAAAUGUAUUUCACGAAAUUCCACCCUGUCUUUCCGAUUGUUCACGCACCAACCUUUCGCCCAUCCUCGAAAAGCUCUUUACUUUUACUGUCCAUCUGCUCUAUUGGAAGUCUAUUUGUGGGAUCAUCCUAUGCCGCCUCUCAAGGGAUGAAGAUAUUUGAGACGCUAAACAAAGCGAUUCUAUCAUCGUGGGAGGGGUACUUUUCACGCCAAGGACUGGAGACCAUAGCUAUGAUCCAGGCAGCUCUUAUAGGGCAGACUUUUGGGCUGCUGUCCGGAAGGCAGAAGGAUUUGCUUAUCGCCCAGACGUUUCACGGGACACUUGUAGUUUGGGCAAAAAGAGUUACUGGGUCUCAAAUGAUGAAGAAAGCAUCAGAAUACGUGAGCCUAAGUGACAUCACCCACACACCAGAAAGAGCAUGGAAGACAUGGAUUCAAGCGGAAGAACGGAAUAGGCUUCUUGCGGGUAUCCAUAUCCAUGAUGUCGAAAUCUCGGAACUGUUCAUUUCAGAUCCAUAUUUUCGUCACUCGCCAUCUAAGCUUCCCCUUCUGUCUGAUGAUGAACCCUGGCUAGCGAAGACAGCAAAAGAAUGGUCACAAAAAAUGAUUACGCAUCUUUCAGGAUCGCAUUCAUAUGCUAGCAGUUUACGACCAUCAACCAGGAUUCCUGAUGAACUGAGCUUUUCAAAAAACACCAUGACCAACGGUUUCCAUACCUACUUGGAGCUGGAGAGUCUCGCAGCUUCAGCAAUGGAAGCCAAAAGCACAGCCAAUUUAGAACAACAGAGUUCCUACGAAAAUGCUUUGAUAAAUCUUUACGAAACCAAAAUAUCCCCGAGCGGAGCCCAAAACGCCGAGACCUACUCUCUUGCUGUACUGUGGCAUUCUGCUUUCAUCUCAUUACAUGCAGACAUCAACCGAAUAGAAUUGGCAAUCGGAAAAGAAGGUCUCACUGAAUCCGAAAACCAAAGAGAGUACAUACGAGAAUGGGCCUCAUCACCAGAUGGGCAACGAUGUGCACUUCACGCGGCAAUCAUUCUCCGCGAACUGCAGAAAAGCCCAAUCGGAACAGAGCCUCCAAUACAUAUUCCUCGAAUUAUAUUUCGAGCUGCAGUUAUCUGGUUCUGUUACACGGAAUUUGGCGCGGAGAUGACAAAUAAUUGUCAUCCGAGCGUUGAGUUCCCUGAAUUGCAGAAAAUUGGAAUUAAUUGUCAGCGGCUGACAUUCGAGGCGAAUGGAUUCAAAGUGCUGCGACCUACUAUCUCAGAGUCGAGUACAUUCUGUGGGUUGGUUGAUGUUUUACCUCGUGUUGGGCAUUGGGGUGUUUCUCGUCUUUUUACUUCAAUAUUGAAUUUGCUUGUUCCGGAUUUCAAGGAUGAUGAGAGGUAUCUGAGGUUGUGA